AUGGCCGCUACGGUAGCCAAACCCGGCCUGAUUCCACGGGUUAUACAGGAACACAGCUUGCGGCCCGUCGCGAACACAGACACCAACAACAAUUCCCAAUCAGAGGCUGACGUCGAGCCAAAAGUACCACCCCAACACCAACGAUUGAAGCUGAGCGACUUUUCUCUCGUGAGGACUUUAGGAACUGGCACCUUUGCUAGAGUAUGUCUAGUUCGUCCUGCCGGCGCUAAAGAAGACGACCGUGACAAGGUGUUUGCUCUCAAGAUCCUGCGGAAGGCCGAAGUUAUCAAGUUAAAGCAAAUAGACCACGUCCGAGAUGAGCGUCGCAUACUAAGCGAUGUCGCUGGCCACCCUUUUAUUACCGAAUUAAUCACUACCUUCUCUGAUCACGACUCCUUAUACAUGCUUCUCGACUAUGUCCCAGGCGGCGAGCUCUUUAGUUAUCUACGAAGACAUCGACGAUUUCCAGAAGAAUGGGCCCAGUUCUAUGCUGCCGAGAUCGUCUUGGUACUCGAAUAUCUUCAUGAUGAUCAGGGCGGUGUCGCAUACCGCGACUUGAAACCAGAAAACCUUCUCCUGGACGGUCAGGGUCACGUGAAGUUGGUGGACUUUGGAUUUGCGAAGAGACUCGGUAGCAGGGAUAGUAGACCUGUUGAGACCUAUACUCUUUGCGGUACACCCGAGUACUUGGCGCCCGAGGUUAUUCAGAACAAGGGACAUACCAUCGCGGUUGAUUGGUGGGCCCUGGGUAUUCUGAUCUACGAGUUCCUCACUGGUUAUCCUCCAUUUUGGCAUCAGAAUCCUAUUGAGAUUUACAAGCAGAUAAUUGAGAAGCCCGUGCUCUUCCCCGCUGAACCCCCUAUCUCGCCUAAUGCGCAAAGCAUCAUCCGUUCGUUCUGUACUGUGGAUCGCUCUAGGCGAUUAGGAAAUCUCAUCGGCGGUACUCGUCAAGUUAAGGAGCAUCAAUUCUUCGAAGGCAUAGAUUGGGACGCGCUUUAUCACCGGCAAAUCAGGCCCCCGAUACAGCCUAACGUACGGUACCCGGGCGACGCACAGUGCUUCGAUAUCUACCCGGAGGACGAUGGCAAGCGGGACCCAUACACUGACGAACUGUCUCGUCAAUACGACCACUACUUCGAAGGGUUCUAA